UAAAGUUGAACGUCUGGAUCUGACAACACAAGACACGUGCAGGUCGGAAGAGCAGCAGCGCCAGCAGCAGUGAUGGCUGCCAUCUACUCCGGUAUCCAUCUGAAGCUGAAGAGCCCUCAGACGCCAUGGGAGGACAAGCUGAAGCUGGCCCGCUUCGCCUGGAUCUCCUCCCAGUGCCUCCUGCCCAACAAGGAGCAGGUGCUGUUGGACUGGUCCACUCACGCCCUGACCGGCUGGUACAGUCACAAGGUGGAGUUCUCGCAGAACGUUCUAGAGGGCCUGUGGUGUUACCUCGACGAUGUUCUCCGCAGCCGGAAGCUCCGCUCGCUCCUCGGCCAGGGCAAGACCAUCAGCCUCAGGCUCAACAUGGCACAGCUGCUACUUGACCGUCUCCGGGAGUGUGCGUGUGCCGGCUCUGGGCAGUCAGUGUGUGUAACCACCCUAUUAAGUGUGUGUCAGGGGAUCCUCUCUUCUCCCGCCCUCUCAUCUAUCUUCACAACCAAGUAUGAGCUCAUGGUCGAUCUCUUGGCCAAGUUCUGCUCUCUGGCCUGCCGGGAGCUACAGCAGCCAUCUCUCACGGGAGCCCUUCCUGCCCACAUGAAGUCUGAACUUGAGAUGACAGAGUCUGUUGCCUCUGAAGAUGAGCCAAUGACAGAGGCUCCGCAAAAUCAGCCUAAUAGUGAUUCUGAUCCCACCCGAUCUGAGCCAGUCGCCGAAAGUCCCCCAGAUCAGCCAGAAACAAAUGAAUCCCGACCUCAAGAAAAGGAAAGCCUUCGCUCAGGUCAUACGUUUGAGGUGUUGCUUCAGGUGCUGUCUUGUUAUUUGUCAGUUCAGCGACAACAAGCCAAUCCUAACAGAGUCUUCACAAUGGUGUCCAACCAUCUGAUACAGCCUGUAGUCCUACUCAGACACCUGCUGACCUCCGGGGAGCGCACGCUCUCUCACACACAUUUGCGUCUCCGUCAGCAGUUGUGCAGAGACAUCCGCGUCAAGAUAGACUCAGUCCUCCAGUUAGCGCUCUUCUCCCCCGAGCACCUGGCAUCCUACAAGGAAGAACUCCUCCCAUCCAAGGAGGAUAGUAGCAAACGUGGUCCAGGCGGGAUGAAGGGCCUUUUGAAGCCAGUCGGCGCCGUACUCGACAAGCUGAGUGACAAGGGAUACUGUGAGCCCUCCAUGCACUACGCUGUGAAGUCAAACGCCUUCACCCUGCUGUUUAAGUUCUUUUUGGAAAACUAUGGAAGAGGAGGGGAGGAAGAGAAGAGGAUGCUGUGCUUCUAUUUUCUCACCAGAUUGAUCUCUGCCUUGGACGUAGGCCUGGAUGGACCCCCUGUCUCUGCUGUGAUCCCACCUGAGCAGAGCUCUCCUCCGGCCGCUUCCUGCUCUCCGGAGAGCUGGAGCCUGGCCCUGCUGGCUGUGGAAGCCCUGCUGAGCCAAGCUCUGUCUGCUGAUAUCUACAACGUGGCAGCAGACAGGAUCAGACAUGGAGAGGUCCAGCUCAAGUUUUACACAGCUCUUGCCCAAAUGCUCUUCAACCAGGCCCAGCCGAGCAUCCCAGCAUGGUAUCGCUGUUUGAAGGUUCUGUUGGGUCUCAAUCAUCUGAUUCUUGAACCAGACCUGGAUCAGGUGUUAUCUUUAGCCUGGGUUGACACUGAGUGCAUGGAAACACGGGUCCAACGGGCCAGACAGCUAAUGGUGUGCAGUCUGCUCCAAACCUACACUAAGCUCCGUCAGCUUCCUCGUUUCUUCUCUGAGCUCUUAUCUAUCAUCUGUCGGCCCGCCCUGGAUGACCUCCGACCUCCUCUGCUGUUUGAGGGGGUCUCUGCCUCCUUGAGGACCUGUCUUCUGGACACACCUCCUUCUCAUGGCCUGGAAAUCUGCUCGUCAGUGUUGGAGAACAUCAGGAGAUACAUACUGCCUGACCUGGUGAAAGAGGGAAGUAAAGAGGAGAAGAUGGAGGUGGAAAGGCAGGAGGGAGGAGAUGAUACAGGAGAGAAAGAAGGGGACAAGACAGACGGAGAGAGAGGAGAUGCAGCUCUGAAGCUGUUCUCCCUCAGCCAACUCCUUCAUGCUGUCUUCUUUAGUCUGAAGACUCUGGACAAUGCCUCUCCUCUCCCCUUAGUCAGACAGACUCACAGCCUGAUGGAGGAGAUGUGGCAUGUAGUUAAGGAUUUACUCCAGUUGGUGUCAGUAGAAAAGAAGGCUACACGUGUAGGAAUAGAAACAGACACGGGUUUAAUUAAAAAGAAAUCAAGGAAAAGCAUAAAAAACACAGACCACAGAGAGUCCAAGAAUGCCUCAGACUCUCAAUCGGGAGUCAUGUGGAAACAAAAGACCCAGGAAGCAGCUCUCCUGCUCAGGUACACCUGGGUGGAAGUAGACACGCUCUUCCAUAUCCACUGUAGCAAGUACACAUCUCAAGAAUCAGCCCAAACAGCCAGUGCCUCAGUCCUAUCCCACAUAGAGAGUCUUGUCUCUGGUGAGAUUUUUGCAGCUAGUCUCCAACCAUCCUGCAGCCCUGUAAGUUUCCUGCUGCUAAAACUGCUCACCUUGCAACAGAUGAAGAAAGUAAUGUUAGACACGCCCCUACUUUCCCAGCCUAGUACUGCAGCACUGUUAAGCAGGGCCGCUCACUUUAUUUUAGCGAGAGAGGAGCUUGAUGUCAGUCUGGAUGGAGAACAGGUAUGGGAUGGGCAGAUAGGAAGUGUGAAUGCCAGCUCCUACCUUGUAGCACACUGGUAUCUUGUCACAUCUAAUCUACCUUUAAUCGCGCCCUACCUGACUGGGGAAGAUGUGGGCUGCAUGGCGGAUGUUCUUGUCAGUUCGCUGCUUGGCAGGCAGACGGGUGGAGGCAAAGACCAGCUGCCUGGCUGCUUGUCUGUCUCUCAUAUAUCCUCACAGCUCAUCCAAAGCCCCAUUCUUGUUGAGUUGCCUCCACUGUUCUCUGCCACGGUUCGGUCGCUCACAAAGAGGAUAACUGGGGUUCUCAUGGCAACGAGUGCACCCCAGGUUGGGCCAAUGCUUCUUAAGCUUCAGGAAGUCGGCCUGCCGGAGAAAGGAGCUGCAGUUAACCAGUUGGAGGGAGAUGCCGAUCAAACUCCCCCCGCUGUGAAGAAGUCAGAGGCCAUAGUUGAGCAGAUACUGAGAUCCUCUAAGACUGGAGAGGUUUCUGUAGUGCUGAGUGACACACAGACAAAGGAACUGUUAGACUUAUUCCAAAUUGCUACAAACCUAAACCCAGAUGGCAUGAACUCUGAGGAUCUCUCCUGCCUGUUCCUCCUCCUCUGCUUCAUCCUCUCCUCCACCUCCAGCCAGCCAGACAGGGCAACUAAGGGCCCCUCUAACCCAGGGGGCGAUGCUGUAUUCCUGGGGAGGCUGCUCAGACUUCUGACUUCUCUCCUGGAGGGUAGGAACUUUCAAAGUGUUUUGAAGCUGAUCCAUGGCAGCAGUCUGCUACAAGCUGCUGUAUCUUCCCUCCUCGUGCAUAGCAACAGUGGAAGAUUUCAUUCCACAAGCAGCCCUGAUAGGUUGGAUUUAAUCAAAGCAGUGCAGGUCUUCAUCAGAUCCCUCGUCCAGUUUAUUAUAAUCAGAAACAGCAGUGUACGACUCAACCUGGAGCAGUUUACCUCCUAUCUCACCAGUAAUGAAGUGGCAAAAAAGCAAAUGGCCGUUACGCCGGCCUCUAAGCCAGCUGAGGCACCUAUUUUAGGUAAACCAGAGGCAGAGGUGUCCAUUUUCUCUAUCCAUCUUCUGCUGGCAUCGCUGACCUCUUUCUCCCAGGCAAUGACCUCUAACCUGGGGAGAAGUAAACAAAUGGAUCAGACUUUGACCCAGAUGAUUGCCAGGACCACAGCGGCGCUGGGACCGGCCAUUGAGGCCAUUCUGCAGCCACAGCCUGUCAGUCAAAAUGCCAACCAGCCAGCCGGUGUCCUCGGUCAAGCCUUUUUAGUGAAGGUUGUAACCAUCAUGCUACACUGUGAGAUGUCCUCGCUGUCAGUGGAGAGCGAGAACAAGCCAAGCGGCGCCCAGCCCGCCCUGACUCAUAUGACUCUCUACCGUGGCUUCUGCCAGCAGAUCCUCAAAGAGAUAAGUUCUGCCCCCAGGCCCAUGGACUUCCUGGUUUCUUCUCUUCGCUUCCUGUCUGCAUUCUACCAAGCGGUUGGGGGGACAGGAAGAGAGAAAGAGGAGGAGGAAGAAGGAGAGGAAGAGAAGAAGAGAAGAAAGGAGGCUGAUGAGCUGUACAGUCAGAUACUGCAGUGUGUGUACAGACUGCUGGCAGUUUACAUUUUGCCCUCAGCUCCUUGGCUGUCACAAAAGGAUGGGUGUGAGGUGGAGCCAGCUGUGGAAGAGCUGCUGCGCCACCUAGUGGAGAGGAGUACCACAGGGCAGUUGCACUUGGUGCUACUUGUGAUCAGAGAAGGAUUGGACACUGGCAAGCUCAGGGCUGGAAACUACAGGGAGGUCCUCUCUGCAGUAAUCAUCGUGAAGCUGCUGUCCUGUUGUCAUUUACCUGAGCCCUGCUCUAAAGCGCUGUGGCUCAUUGCACCACAGCUCCUAUCUGCCAUGGUGUUCCUAGUCAGGUCGUCCAGCCAAGACGUCUCACUGACCCUUCCCUUUACCGUUCCUACGGUAACAUCGAUGACCUCUCUGCUGCGUCAGGGAGCGGGGCGGAUCUCCAGCCCUCACCACGUGACCCAGGUCCUGGGCGCUCUCCAGCUGGUGCCCCUCGACCGCCUGACCCCACCCGUCUACCACGCGGCUUUCCUGGCUGUUCACGAGGCGCUGUUCGCCAUCAUCCAGUGUCAUCCUCAGGUAAUGCUGGAUGCAGCUCCAUCAUUCCUGAAUGUCUUCUAUCGUCUGGUGGCAUCUAUCAUGCAGGAGGGUCGGCAAAAAGGAGACUGUGACUCAGGUGCAGACAGCGACGUCUACCUCCAGUGCUCCAGGUUGGCGGAGAGGAUGUACUCGCACAUCGCCGCCACGGCCGAGAGCUUCACCACGCUGUCGGCCUUCAUGGUGGCUCAGUACGUCACAGAGCUGCAGAAGGUAACUUUACGACCAGACAUUAAGCAGCAUCUAACAGAGGGGAUCUAUCGGAUACUGGACCUGUGUAUGGAGCAGGAUAUCAAGUUUCUGACGGCCGGCCUGCAGAUGGGAGUCAGAGAGGUGUUCAGCGAGCUCUACAGCAGCUACACGCACUACCACAAGACCCAGAGACAAGGAGAGGACAAGUACACAGCCUGAACAGCCACAUCAAGCCGCGCCAACCUCGGGACUGACUGGGUUCCCAAAUGCGGUCUGGUUUGAAGAAGCUGGUAUCCUUGAUGAAACUCCUACCUAAGAAAUGACCAUGGUGAUGUGUAAUUACAGCUUUUGAGAGGGAAAACAGAUGCACCAGCUUUGGGAGUGCACGGAAGCAGCUUAUGUCCACAGUGUGUGUGGACACGGCUGUCAUUAACCACGCUCACAUCAGUCUUUUUUUGUUCCUCCUUUGUUUCACUGUUGAAAAAUGAUAAAUAAUGUGAGCGUUUUUUUUUUUUUUUUAAUUAUUGUUUUAUUUGGUAUUUUAUUUGGAAAAGUUUGGAGACUUGGAGCUGCAUCUUGUCAAGGAAGUGUUAACAGUCAAAAACACGCAACAUGACUCAGCUGCAGCACACACCACAAAACAAAUGAUUCAUUUAUACAUGCACCAUUUUGCAUCUGUAGAUGCAUCAAGCUGAAUAGUUAAAAGAGGUGAGUUUUCUGCUGCAAAAUAACCCAAAGAACGUUGUGACAAGACCCACAGGCAAUAAGAGGACAACUACACAGUCUAAUUUACAUCUCUUAAUUAAAGGAACCUGCCAACUUUUGGGGGCAAAGUACCCUUUUUCCGACUUACCCAGACUGAGACAAGAUGUUUGAUAUCCUUCUCACAUUGGUACAUCCAGUGGUCCAGUUCCUGUUAGCUUAGCAUAAAGACUUGAAGUCUGUGGGAGUCGUUAGCUUAGCUCCGUCAAAGUGAAACAAGUAAACCUUCCAGCACCUCUGAGGCUGUCCUAUUUAUACAGUGUGUCAUGGCUAUAAUAAUUACCAAUCAUGGAUUUAAGAAAAAAAAAAAACAGGCUAUUGACUAGGCUAAUGACUCCUAUAGGCUUCAGGUCUUUAUGCUAAGCUAACACAAAAUGCUACCCAUAAGACCCGAACCACUGGACGUGCAGAAGUGAACAUGGUGUCAAACAUCUUGUCUGGGCAAGUCGGGAUAAAGAUAUUUUGCUCAAAAUGUUGGAAUAUUCCUUUAAGAACAACUACUGUAUCUGCAAGUGGGCUGAGAGACUCCAGUCUAUUUAUAAAUAGGCUUCCUCGGUUACACCCUUUACAACACACACAACUUCAGAUAACUACGGCUAAAACUGGCUGGCACAGAGGCCAGGGGGGUGGGGUGGGGGGUCAGUGCCACGGAUGAACUGACACUGUGAGGUUUGGAUGGUGGAGGAUGAUCCUGAAAAACAUUACCAGGUGUUAUAAUGAUGUGAUAAUAAUUAAAAUGAAACUUCACUUAAUUACGAUAUGAUUAUCUUUUUGUUGAAGUGCUGAAGCCAAUGGCCAGUUUUGACAGCUAAUGUGUUAUAUAUAUUUUUAUACACUCUAUAUUUUUGUUUUUGACCACAAUUGUAUGAUUCAACAUAGAUGGAUUUAAAUACAGUAUCAUUGUCAAGCAUGA